AUGGCUGGGAAGCUGUACCACCUCAUGUCGAGGCUGCACAUGGCGAGGAGCCGAUCAUCGUCCGCGGCUGACGUGCCGAGAGGGCACUUCGCGGUGUACGUCGGGGAGCAGCGGAAGCGGUUCGUGAUCCCGACGGCUUACCUGAGGAACCCGUCCUUCCUGGUGCUGCUCAAGAGGGUGGAGGAAGAGUUCGGCUUUGACCACCCUGCCGCCGGCGGCCUCACCAUCCCUUGUUCGGAGGGCGACUUCGCCGACAUCGUCGGCUCCGCAGCCGUGGAUCACCACUAG